AUGGGGAAGGCAGGGAAAUGGGUGAUGAAUUUCCUGCUAGGGAAGAAGCAGGGAGGCAAUAGCAACAAUAAGAAGGUUGGUAGCAAGACGGACUCAAAUGGUGCGUCUUUCGCAGAAGAUGGCAGUAUAGAUACAGCUGCUAGUGUUGUUCUUCCGCCACAAACUCCAACCCACCAUCACAAGAGGCGAUGGAGCUUUGGGAAAUCAUCAGCAAGCAACGACAAAUCAUUGUCUAGGAGGCAUAGUACCAGCACCGCCGCCGCGGCCGCCAUCACCACCACCUUCAACCCUCUUCUGCAAGCCUCGUCAGCCGACGCCAUCGGGCAGCUGCUCUUGGGUCCGUCGCUGGGGAACAAUGAAGCUGUGGCGCUGGCCAUCCAUGAAGCUAUUAAGAACUUCGAGAGGAAGUCAAAUGCUUCACAACAAGCAGCAGGAACAGACAGGCGGCUGAGGAUCGUCUCUAGUGAACAUGUUGCUGCCACCAGGAUCCAAUCUGCCUUCCGGUCUUACUUGGCGAGGAAAGCACUGGCUGCCCUAAAGGCACUGGUGAAGCUACAAGCACUAGCUAGAGGCCAUCUAGUGAGGAAACGUAUGAGCGCCACAAUCCGAAAGAUGCACGCCGUCAUGUCAAUCCAAGUCAGAGCUCGUUUCCAAAGGAUCCAGAUGAGCGAUCACUCGCAACUUCAACGAGAAGAAGUUGUUGAUCAGUCAUCAAAGGUCGGAGCUUCUCCUUCCGACAAGAAGAGGAUCAAGAGAGCUCAAAGCGGAUCAGUCGAGAAGACGAAUUCUGAGAGAGUUGCCACCAGGAGGCAUUCAGGGGACCUCUCUUACCUUAAGCGCGAGCGGCCGUACGAGGAGUCUUCUUACUCUUCUACCCAGACCAGUCCUGCAACAACCCGCCAUUACAGAGCUUCUCAACAGGGCGUCUCGUCAGGAUCGGGACGAGCUCCGGUUUCGAAUCAGGAUUCGUUCCUGGAGCCGAGCUACAUGGGGAAGACGCAGUCGUCCAGGGCGAAGUCGAGGUCUCACAGUGAGCCGAGGCAGAGACCUCGUAGGAGCAUUUCGUCGAACACAAGGCGGUCGCCGUCUAGCGAUGGAACGAACAGCGUGCAGAGUGAGAUUCCUCGUCUCGGGUUCUCAUCGUCGGCUGCACAGUCGAAAAGGGUGCCCGUUGGUGAAGUCCAGGAGCAGUGGUUCAUCAAGCUGUAUCGGUCGACCGUGGCGCCGCCAUCACAGGGUGGUGAAGAGUAUUGUUGCGACGGCGACAGAGAAAUUCUCGUUGCCUGCGAGCCGCACUUGAACAUGUUCUGACUCUGGGACGGGGUCGGGUUGUCACUAAAAAGAGCACAAAUCGUAUAACUUAUGGAGCCACAAAAAGAAAAAUCGUCGUUAAAAGUUCCGACAGAGAGGAAAGGGAAGAACAAGGCGAAGAUCAGCGAUACUGUAGAAUU